UUGAUCCUCCUCGCUGCGUACUAGUUAACUUAUUCCAGAGACGCCCGACUGAAAAUCCGUGUUGCUCGGCAUCUUAUUGAUCAUGCCCCUUAUCAAACGAUUCAGCGCAUCCGAUGAAUACUCCCGCUUAUUAUCUACCUCCCGAACCCAUGACAAAGAGCGUGAGUCAAUUCCAUUCCCCAUCAACACAGCAUGCGCCUCAAAACCCAAUUUGCUAACACCAACACCACCGCUACCAGAUGAAAACACAAACACAGAACAAGGGACACCCUGGCAAAUCGCCCUAGUACCCCUCCUAAAAGAAACCCAAGCAACGUUCCGCAGUCUCCGCCUCGACCCUGACUCGCAUUUCAGUCAAGAUAACAUCUUCCGAUUCUCAGCUCCGUUCUUCACUUUUGCAUGUGCCUUAGCGUCCGUCGCCACCGCUCUCCGUAAGGACUCGGAUACUAGUAUGAUGCCUUCUCCGAUACCACGGGCUUUGUCACUCGCGGAGAUGAGUUUGGGCGUCUUUGUGCUGCUUGCGGGAGUCUUCCUGGCUUUGGCUGUUUUAAGAGCGAUUAUAUGGGGCGGAGCGGUGGCUGUUGAUGCGUUUUUGCUUGUGGAUAUCGAGAGUUUCGGCGUUUCGGCGAGUCCGGAAAACGACAGAUCAAAACUUAACCAACGGAGCAUCUUGUUCAGUGGGUUGUUCUCGUAGGAACGGUCGUCCACUUCUGGCAUAGGUUGGGACGAACGAAGAGAUCUUCUGGUUGGCCUUCUCGCACUAGUAAACCUUUCAAGCGGCCCGCCGGCG